AUAAGCGCGUUGCUGCGGUGAGCACUUUAAGCUCAGCCUGCUCUUUGACACCGAAACGGGCUUAAUGCAGAGCGACAGCGGAGCACGGUAGCAAACCGCAAACACACACACACAAAACACGCACACAACUGCGUUCAAAUCGUUUGCUCGCAUGUGUUAGUGAGUUCCGUCGUCAGCUGUGUGACUUUACUCACACCACAACGCGCACUAACACAAGCACAGCGCGUAGAAGCCACUCAAUUGGCGGGCAAACAACUCAAAACUCCACGAAACGCGGCGCUAUGCUGCCUGCCGCUUGUCACCUAUAUGUGUACUUUUUCAUACAUCUUUUUCAACGUGCCUUUCUAUCAGCGUCCGCUGGUGCUCGCAAUCUACUAAACAGUUUUAAUUUUCUAUUCGAAGUGUACGCUUUGUGCCGCGGUGCAACGGCGUAAUUACAUAAAACAGCAUACAGAAAGUGUGUUCAAACGAACAGACACAUACGGUUGUUGGACCUAGUGUGUCUCAAGCCACAAUCAAACAACACAACAGGGGCACACAAAGACAGACAGACAGGCCCCCCUCGGCGACGAACAACGUUUUGUAUUGGAAGUGCAAGUGUGCGAAUGUUUAUAGUAAAUCAACAGCGGCCAUAAAGUUUCAAUAAUAUUCAGUGAAUAUUUCAUACAAUAAUCUAAACAAAACGCUGUGCGUGUCACUACUUUGCGCCGACGAAAGGAAAUUCGCGAGGUUAAAUCAAGAGUAACAUAAAAAAUAGCGAAAAAAGAAAGAAAAAAACAAAAGCCAUGCAAUUUAUCGUGAAGUAAACAGUUUUGUGUUGUGUGACAAUUUGAGUAAAAGCGAAAAUGUUUUGCGAUUUGUUUAGAGUAAAUACAUGGUUGAUGAAACUCUGAAUGAAAAAAGCUGUGUUUUUUGGGCGCGUGAAACCAAACUGCUGAUCGACACUGCCAUAAUAAGUAAAUAAAGCAACGAACUGCGGUAACGUCAAUGCGUCGUGCAAGCAAAAUUGUGUGGAAAGUAAAGUAACAAAAAUACAACAACAGCAAUACAAGCGUGUACUAAAAACUGCAACGAAAGUAUUACCAUUGCAUGCGCCUACUCCCAAACUACUGCCUCUUUGUCGUAACACAGUACUUGCAACAACAUUCCCGUAUCAUAACGGACAACAGUUUAAUAUAUUUCAAAACUUUGCGUUGUGUACAUAAGCAAUAAAGCGUCAAAAUGUUUGAUGUAUUCGGCUCCGUGAAGGGGCUGUUGAAGAUCGAUCAAGUCUGCAUCGAUAACAAUGUCUUCCGCAUGCACUACAAGGCGACGGUGAUCAUAUUGAUCGCCUUCUCGCUGCUCGUCACCUCGCGUCAAUACAUUGGCGAUCCCAUCGAUUGUAUUGUCGAUGAAAUUCCAUUGGGCGUCAUGGACACAUAUUGCUGGAUUUACUCUACAUUCACCGUACCGGAACGUUUGACCGGUGUUACCGGGCGCGAUGUUGUACAACCGGGCGUCGGUUCGCAUAUAGAUGGCGAGGAUGAGGUGAAAUAUCACAAAUACUAUCAGUGGGUAUGUUUUGUGCUCUUCUUCCAGGCCAUUAUGUUCUAUGUGCCACGCUAUUUAUGGAAAUCAUGGGAAGGUGGUCGCCUCAAAAUGCUCGUAAUGGAUUUGAAUAGUCCCAUUGUGAAUGAGGAGUGUAAAAAUGAUCGUAAAAAGAUAUUGGUCGAAUAUUUCUCCAACAAUUUGACACGUCACAAUUUCUAUGCAUUCCGUUUCUUCGUUUGUGAAGCAUUGAAUUUCGUCAAUGUUAUUGGUCAGAUAUUCUUUGUGGACUUCUUUUUGGAUGGUGAAUUCUCUACAUACGGCAGUGAUGUAUUGAAAUUCACCGAAAUGGAACCGGAUCAACGUGUCGAUCCGAUGGCGCGUGUCUUUCCGAAAGUCACCAAAUGUACAUUCCACAAAUAUGGUCCAUCUGGUUCGGUGCAAAAGUUCGACGGUCUCUGUGUGUUGCCGCUGAAUAUUGUCAAUGAGAAAAUCUAUGUAUUCCUGUGGUUCUGGUUCAUCAUUUUGAGCAUACUGUCUGGCAUUUCAUUGGUAUAUCGUAUGGCUGUUAUUAUGGGCCCGAAACUACGUCAUUUGUUGUUGCGUGCCCGUUCCCGUUUGGCCGAAAGCGAUGAGGUCGAAGCUGUGGCAAAUAAAUGUAAUAUCGGUGAUUGGUUCCUGCUGUAUCAGUUGGGCAAGAAUAUCGAUCCAUUGAUCUAUAAGGAGGUGAUAUCGGAUUUGGCGCGUGAAAUUGGCGAACAUUCGAGCAGCAAAGAACAAUUCGCCGCUUAGUGGCCGCAAAUGGCCACUUCUUUAGUGCGAAUAGCAACGUGAGUGCCACUGAAUACUAAACUAAGAUGCUUCGAGAUCCUCCAACACCAUAUACAUGCAAGCCACAUACUACAUACAUAUCUACAACUACAAUCUGCAAGCAACCAACACACAAAUAUACAAGACGCACAUAAAAGCAAUAAGUAGAUUACACGAAAAACACGAUUCCACACACACACAAUGCUCAGUCAUUUGUACACACAAAUACACACACUCAUGAGAUGACAUGAGUUGAGAUUCCUUUGCAAUGCAGCCACUUAACGGUAUGCCACUGCGUUCUCUACACACUAAAACAGGUGUAUAGAUGCAUUGGUGACAUGCCUAAAAAAAAUUAUUGAAAUAAAUACACAUUACACAUUAAUUUCGAUAUCAAAACGCGAAUUUUAUACAUAUUUCAACUAUAGUAUGUAUGUAUACAAAUGUUUAAGGGUUAAGAAAUAAUUAUACAUAAAUAAAGUUAACUGAGAUUGGGUGAAAAUAAAAAAAAAAAAAAAACAAAAAGAAAAACGCAAAGUCUACAAAUUAUCGAAAGGAUAUAAAUGAAAAAUAAAUAAAAUCAAAAUGCAACAACAACACUCCAUUAAAAGUAAUGCCUACAAAUCAAAAUGCGCAAAGUUAACAUUCUAAAAAGGAAAUAAA